AUGAGUUACAAACUACUGGCGCUCUUAACGAUCGUAUGGGCGGUGAGGGCCGACAUUUACUACGACAUCGGCGACGAUGACUACUCGGAGGUGAGGAACUCGAGGAACUUCACGGGGAAAGUAGUGUUAGUCACCGGAUCCAACUCAGGCAUCGGCGAGAAGAUUGUGGACCUGUUCUCGGCAUUAGGUGCCAGUGUUGUCAUCACCGGUAGGAAUGAGUCGGAGAUACAACGCGUGGCCACAGAAGUUCAGAAAUUGUCACCAAAAGGUCUUAAGGCAUGUGUGGUGGCGGACGUGCUUAAGACACAGGACUUGGAGAACCUGAUCAGUCAGACUAUUAAGACGUUCGGCAGAUUAGAUGUGUUGGUGAAUAACGCCGGCGCCUCCCUGUCCACUAAUAUUAAGGACAAGAAUUUUAUUCAAGUUUUCGAUCAGUUGUUGAAUCUGAACACUCGGGCCGGACUCGAGCUCAUCCAUCUGGCCGUACCGCACCUGGAGGCAGUCAACGGCACUAUUAUCAGCACUUCCAGUAUCUGGUCGUCACCACUGUUAACGGCUAUUAGACACCAAGAGAUCAAUUAA